UCCGAUGUUUAUAAAUACCUACUUCACAUUUUGUAUGUAAAAUAAUCACGACGACAGUUGAUCAACCUCGUGGAUAAUUCAGUUAUCGACAAAUUAAACCAAAUUAAAAACUCGAAACGUGAAAAUGUAUUUCAACAUCGUGUUCUUCGCGACUUUUCUCGCCUUAUUUGACUCAAUUCACAAUUGGAGUUUCGAUCAUUUGAACCUAGACGAAGAGAAAAUAUCGCUAUCGAGAAUCGUCGUCGUGUCCACCAAUCGAGCCAUCGUCGCUAUUCCGAGGAUAAACCAGACCCAAACGGUAACAUUGGUCGAGGUCCCAUGGCCAGAGAAUUCGUCAAAACCGCUCUUCAGCCCGAGAGCUUAUCCAAAUCUUCCAUCUCAGGAAUUAGGAGAAUGUAGCGAAUUGCAAUCUGCCAUUACAAUGGAUACGGAUGGUAAUAAAGGUCAUCUAUAUGUACUAGAUCAAGGCUGGAAAGAUAUCUGUCCUCCUAAAAUAAUCGUUUACAGUUUACUGACCAAUAAACGGCUUUUGCAAAAAGAAUUGCAAAACGUUCCGGUCGAUAGUUUAUCAUCUUUAACAGUGGACGCGACACCUUACAAAAAAGGCAUCAAAGUAAUCUUGGGUGACGCUGGUCGUACAUCUUUACUCGUAUACAACUUCGAAAAACACAUUUGGUGGAGAUUGGUUUUGAACAAGAAUUUCAAGAUGUGCGAUGAAUUCAUCACUUCGAACGAUGGGGAUUUUAUUAAAAUCGAUGAAAAAUGGUCCUUCUCGAUGAAUCAAUUAGCAUUAUCGAGAAAAUCGUCCGUUUUGUACGCGACUUCGUCCGAAUCGGUGGAAUUAUUCACGAUAGAUUUAAAACAGCUGAGACGUAUCGAAGAACCUUCGAAAUUACACUACAAUUGGUACGACUACAACGAUACAGAUAUAUCUUUCCAAUACAUCGGUAAUAAAUUCGGUAAAUCGAAAGCCAUAUUCGUUGAUUCGAAAGACAACCUGUAUUAUUUCUAUCAACGAGAUUACGCUGUUAUUCGAUGGAAUACCAAUACUCCGUUUAUGGACGAAUACAUGAAUGUGGUGUUGCAAGACGAUAAGUCAAUGCCUCAUGUAACGCAGAUUUUUGCUGACUUAGCUCGACCAACUCGCCAGCUUUGGGUGUUGAAUUCGAAAAGAAAUGACAAUUUGUCGUAUACGGUUAAAUUGAUGACAUAGGUGAAUUUUACGUAUUGUGAGCUCGAAGCAGCUAAAAUUGUGAUGGAAUUGUGUAAGAGGAAGCUCAAUUAUGUAAAUGCAUCUACGAGCUCGAUGCAUUUCUCGUUUUAUUAAUUUGUUUCAAUUCCUACCUUGUAUGUGCUUUUGAAGAUUCAAGAAGGGACUGUGAUUUUUUUUAUGAUUACCUAUUAAACAAUCUGAGUUGUUU